GGCUGGCUGCUUCAUCCUGCGGAACCCGGUGGACAGCUGCGUCCAGCACGCCAGCGACAUGUCGGAGCACGAGGUCAACACCGAGCGGGUGGAGGUGGAAUCCCGUGGCGUCAACCACGUGGAGGGCGGCUGGCCCAAAGACGUCAACCCGCAGGAGGUGGAACAAACCAUCCGCUUCCGGAAGAAAGUGGAGAAGGAUGAAAACUACAUCAACACCAUCACGCACCUUGGCACCCUGAUGGAGCACUGCGUCAAGCAGAACAACGCCAUCGACAUCUACGAGGAGUACUUCACAGAGGAGGAGAUGGCAGACGUGGAAGACGAGCCCCCCUCCGCAAAAGUCAUCAAUGUCCUCAGGGAUCCAAAUGUAACCAAGAGGACAGCCACGCGUCUCUCCUGGCACCCCGACACAUGCAAGAAACUGGCAGUGGCUUAUUCCAGCCUGGAGUUCCAGCGCAACGUGAAAGACAUGAGCUUUGACUCAUACAUCUGGGAUCUCGAAAACCCCAACAAGCCGGAGCUCGUUCUCAAGCCAUCGUCCCCUCUCGUGAGCCUGGAGUACAACCCCAAAGACUCGCACGUCCUGGUGGGAGGGUGCUACAACGGGCAGAUGGCUUACUGGGACACCAGGAAAGGGGGGCUGCCCGUGGACGUGUCCACCGUGGAGGUCAGCCACAGGGACCCCGUGUACGGAGCCGUCUGGCUGCAGUCCAAAACGGGCACCGAGUGCUUCUCGGCCUCGACCGACGGGCAGGUCCUGUGGUGGGACAUCCGCAAGCUGUCCGAGCCCACCGAGACGCUGGUCUUGGACAUCACCCGGAAGGGGCUGCUGGAGAACGCUCUGGGUGCCAUCGCGCUGGAGUUUGAGCCCACCAUGCCCACCAAGUUCAUGGUGGGCACAGAGCAGGGCAUUGUCAUCGCCUGCAACCGCAAGGCCAAGACGCCCGCCGAAAAAAUCACCAGCACCUAUAGUGGCCACCACGGACCUGUCUAUGCGCUGGCCAGGAACCCUUUCUGCCCCAAAAUCUUCCUGACGGUCGGCGACUGGACUGCUCGGAUCUGGUCGGAGGAGAUCAAGGAAUCAUCAAUUAUGUGGACCAA